AUGGAUGAUUCCCAACCCCGAUCAUUGCCUGUCCAUCCCAUUGACAAAUAUGGCCCCAAAUUCGUCGAGAAGGCUGACAAGAUACAUCACCGGGUCACUAUGAAGGAAGAAUCAAAGCCUGCCGGAGGCUUCGAUGCCACUCCCAUUCCCCAUGCCCCGCCAGGCUAUACCCUCAAAAUUACAUUCCAUCGCGCAGAGGAGCUUCCCAUCGCGGAUUUUGGCAGUUUCUCCUCCGAUCCGUAUGUCUCCGCCCAUAUGAUAGUCGACCUGCCAAAACGCCAUAAACAAGACCCCGUCAUGCGCUUUCGCACCCCGACCGUACACAAGGACAUGAACCCGAAAUGGGAAUGCGAGUGGAUUGUUGCAAAUGUCCCCGCUUCGGGGUUUCAAUUGAAAUGUCAUCUCAUGGACGAGGACCCCGCGGAUCAUGAUGAUAAGCUGGGAAUCGCUUUCAUCGAUGUUCCUACCCUCUCGGAGGACUGGGCAGGUUUCAAGGAGAAGUCCUUCAAGGUUAAAAAACGAUUCGGGAGCAAGCGUGUCUACGUCUUUACUAAUGUCUCUGCUUUUGCGACUGGUCACCAAAAGGAGUCUUGGUUAGUAGUCAGUAUCGAAUGCCUCGGCAAGACUCCUGGCACGGAGGGGGGUCAGAUAUACACUAUCGGCCCCAACCUUUGGUUUAAGCAUUUUUCUCCUAUGAUCGGGCGGCUGGCUGGCAUUAAAGAUCACGUUCAAAGCACAGAUGGUAGUGGCAAGUCUAUUAGCCGUUAUAAUUUCCAGGCUAUUCAGAUGCAGCUUACAGGCCCCGUACCUGCAGAGCUAUACCAUCGCUAUGUAGAGUUCAAGCCAUUCGUAGCGGGGAUGUUCCAGUCGCAGAGUCUACGCGGGCGUAUCUUGCAUAAAGCGCUCCAUCACCAACACCAGCGCAUCUACAAUUUCGACCGCACUACUUUGCAUGGGUCCGUCCAGACGCCUUGCCGUGAAUUCGCCCAGAAGUUUCUGGAGUUUGCGCACUAUGGUCAGGGUGGACGGAUCUUCACCUACGUGCUCACCUUGGACGGACAAUUCCGAUUUACCGAGACCGGCAAAGAAUUUGGCAUCGAUAUGCUGAGCAAGCACACUAUGCACAGUGACGUGUCUAUCUAUAUUGCGUACUCAGGUGAAUUCUUCCUUCGGCGGCGCAAACACCGUCAUCGCUGUAACUCCUCAGAAAGGCGUGCGGAGCGCGCAGUGAAUGCGGAAAGUGCAGAGAGUGCAGAGUCUGACACGGUGCCUACGCACAAGUUUCCCGUGGAGGAAGAUGAGGACCACAAUGAGGGCGAGGAUCUGGACCAAACCGAAGAAGGGAUUCCUAUCUCGACCGAUCCAGCGGACUACGAACUCUUUAUUGAUAACGACAGUGGAACCUAUCGUCCGAACGCAGAGAAGCUACCACUUCUACAGGAAUUCAUAUCCUCCAACUUCCCCGGUCUCCACGUUACGACUCUGGACUGCCAGGCGGAUGCGGAACGAAUGGGAAAAUUGAAGGACGGGCAGCGUGAAUUUAAGAAGAAUCAAGGCAAUAUGAUUACGUUCCUACAGCAAAGUAGCGCGUCUUCAUUGUCAAUCUCCAGUUCGGAAGAGGAUGAGCUCAACGAGCGCAGUGGCCAAUCCAAGCAACGGGGAGAUCUUUCCCGACGAGUCCACGAGAUGCGCGAUCUACGAGGACAGGUGAUGCGAUGGGUAGAAGCGGAUGAAAAGCCCGGUGGCCAUAAGCACAGGCAUCGGUACUUCUCUAGUCGUGAGCGCCCCGUAUCGCCUGGUGUGAUCACCACUGAUCAUAAUGGGAAAGGUCAACUCGCGACUUGA